UAGAAGUUUCUCCAGCAGCCACAGAAGCUCUCUUCCAGACACAAAAACAAACCUCCGCCUCUCUCUGCUUUUUACGCCAUGACCCGGCACAAGCAGAAAAAAUCCGGGAAGAGACAGAAACAUGGCAAGAGAAGGGAUGCAAAGCCUCAUGGGAAAAAGGACCCAGGAGUGCCUCAGCUGUCACAUUUCAAAGAACAUGUCAAGAAAGGAGCAGCACUAAAAGAGAAAAGGGCUACAGAACUGCAGGAACGGCAGCGAACGGCACGGCAGAAGGAAAUCAGCCGGUUCCGGAGUUUGGAAGGGCUGCAGAAGGAUGCCUUGCACAGACAGCAGAAUUUUGAACAGAAGGAGAUGGAUCUGAAGCAACUGGCGAAACAUGCUUUGCUGGAGAAAGACAGUUCCUGCAAGGCCUAUUACAGGGAGUUCAGGAAGGUGGUGGAAGCAGCUGAUGUGAUCCUGGAAGUCCUCGACGCCCGAGAUCCCCAAGGCUGCCGCUGCCCCCAGGUUGAGCAGGCCGUGGUGCAAGCUGGAGCUAACAAGAGGCUAGUCCUGGUGUUAAAUAAAAUAGAUCUGGUGUCUAAGGAAAUUGUAGCAAAGUGGCUGAAGUACCUGAGGAACGAAUUCCCCACAGUGGCCUUUAAAGCUUCCACUCAGCAGCAGAGCAAAAACCUGGUAAGUACCGAGAUCCCCGUAUCCCAGGCUUCGGGGGAGCUGCUCAGCGGGGGGAGCCUGUGUUGGGGCAGACUGCUCAUGAAGGUGCUGGCCAACUACUGCCGCAACCAGGAUGUCAGGACGGCCAUCCGUUGGGGUUGUGGGGUGAGCUUCCCUAAUGUCGGCAAAAGCAGCUUGAACAGCUUGAAGAGGAGCCGGGCCUGCGGUGUCGGUGCCACUCCUGGCGUCACCAAGUGCCUGCAAGAGGUGCAGCUGGACAAGCACAUCAAACUUCUGGACUGUCCAGGGAUUGUCGUGGCUUCUCCCACCUCAGAUGCCGCCAUGAUCUUACGAAACUGUGUCAAGAUAGAGCAACUGGUUGACCCCGUGAGCCCAGUGGAAGCCAUCUUGAAGCGAUGCAACAAGCAGCAGAUUAUGCAGCACUACCGCGUGUCAGAUUUCCAGGACACCAUGGAGUUCCUGGCUCAUUUGGCCAGGCGGCAGGGAAAGCUGAAGAAAGGAGGGACGCCUGACCACGAGAAGGCAGCCAAAGCCAUACUCAGUGACUGGACAAGUGGGAGGAUCAGCUAUUUCACACACCCGCCUGAGACCCACACGCUCCCCACUCACAUCAGCGCAGAGAUUGUUGCGGAGAUGGGCAAGGCCUUUGAUUUUGAGGCACUGGAGCAAGAGAACGAGAAAGUCUUGGCAAACUUGCCCUCGGGCCCUGCUGGCAUCACCUUGGAGGGCUCUGGCCUCACCACUGGAGAAGAAGCUGGCAUGGUGGAGGAGGAGGAAAUCUGUCCUCAGGACCAAGGAGAGGCUAAGAUGGAGGAAGCUGGGAACCCCGAAUUUGGCGCAAUGACUGUAGAGCUGAAAGCCAAGAACAAGAUCCUAGUGGAAGCAGCGAAGACUGUGCCAAGGGCUCCUAACCUAGCAGAGAUCUCCGCCUUGGACCCUCUGCACCAGGGGCAAGGCCUGAAAGCUGCAAGCAAGAGGCGCAAAAAACAGCAGAAACGAGCAGAGAAGAUCGCCACCAAGCUCUCUGCAACGUUGACGGCAGCCAUGAAUUUCAGCUUGUCAGAUGACUAGGAAAGGGAGUGCUGCAGAAGAAGAGGACGGUUGCAGGGAAUUUGUUUACCUACCUCAGAAAGGCUGCUAUCUGUGCCCUGCCACACUCGGCAGGAGGAGAAAUCCCUUGCCUCCUAUGAUACUCACAUAACAUGGUGGGAAUCGACAGCCUGAAGCCUAUGCAAAACGCAGAGUUGUUUCUGUAAGAAACUAUUUAUUAACAAGUUAAAAAUUUGCAAGCGUGCAUAAAUAAAUCAUGUCUUUAAAUGA